GUUAAACGCAGGCAGCCACCACUGAGAGCAAGAGAGAAAAGGAAGCAGGAUCGAGCACAUAAGCCGAGAGCGACGAGGGAGCCAAACACCAAAAGGAUUAACGGACGAGCUUCAAACGUUCUCACUCACAAUCAGCAGUUUUACAGUGAUAGCUCUUCAACAUGGCGAAAUACGAGUCACGGAAGAGGAGGUCGAUACCGGAACCGAACGUGCUCUUCAUUGCUUUAUACAUCAUGAUAUAUGUUCCGAGCACGAGAGGAAUUUCCAUUGAGUUUGAAGAUCAGUCAGUCGACCACUGGAAAAUUGCGUUUGGCGCUAAUUCAAAACAAAUUACAUACGACUUCUGCAAGUACAACGGAACAAGUACAGGCAUGCAGUGCAAAAAUUUCCAUCCAGAAGCGUCUAUCGAUUUUGAAAAAGUGUGUAAUUGCAACAUACAGCAUGAUAAAACUAACGAUGGCUCGCUUAGUUUCGACCUCGGCUGCAACAGCAAUUUAAGCUACUGCCCCAAGGAACUGACAGUCACCUACAGGCAGGGCUCCUAUGCGAGGGCUCCAGAUCCAGAUGUCGCAACGAGUGGACUAAACGGCUGGCUGGUGGAUGCUUUUGUCAUUUCCACCUUAUUCAACGUUCUGUUCGUCAUCGCGAUCAUAGCGUGCCUAAUGAAUGAAAACUUCUAUGACUUUUUGAAAGAAAAAUGGAACAGGACAAUAAAUAGAGAGCAUGAGACUGAUAUUGAUUCACCCGAGAGGGGGUUGCCGAACACAUCACUAAAGCUGAAGUGGAGAAAACCGCUGGAACCAAAUUUAUUUGCUUCUGCUAGCAGUAGCAAAACCACUUGAAUUCACCGAUGUUCAAGUAAACGCUCGAGAUAGUCGCAAGAUGGACCGCUCUGCAUGACGCCUCUACAAAUCAAAAAUUAUAGAUUAAUGGAAUCUUCGUGAAUCUCUUUGGCCCACCACUGACCGGAGAGGUGCCAUGACCAGGCGCCUGGGCCAACAAAUCAAUUGAAGUUCUAUUCGAUAGAACGAAAUAUGUAUAAAUCUUGUCUGUGUUUUAAUAAUUAACGUGCAACAAAAAAGGCCAAUUUCGCGAUUGAAAGCCUUUUGAUAUUUUUACCCCUAAUCACAAACUAUAAAAUGUUCACUUUUAUUUUAAAUAAACCACAUUAUUAAUCCCAAUUUUAA